AUGGAUACUCAUGAUAUAACCAAUCAGGAAAUCAUAUGCACAGACAUGUUGGUUGAAAGUCAGGAAGUGGAAACAAAUUCCAAAGGUGAAUGUAACGUAGUUCUUGAAAAUGGUGACUUUAAUGAUAAAUUAGUCUGCGGAUUCUACAUCACAGUGUGCUCUUACUAUAAUGAUGAUAUUAUUUUAAAACAUUAAAUGUUAGGAAUGUCAUUCAUAUAAAUAUUACUUCACAUAAAUCGUUUAGUGAGCAUAUUUAGUUAAUCAUCAACAACAACGACAACAAUUACAAGGAAAAACACUACGACAACAGAGACGCCAACAAUAACUAAAACCCUCCCGAGCAAAAAUGAAAAGGUGAAAUGCGAAGAAAUUAAUCGUUAAAUUUUUAACGCUUCAAGUUUGUGAUUCGGAUUGUAUUAGCCCGAUAUACCUUAUGCCUAAUGAAGUCACGAGGCGUGGUGCGCGGUAGGAAUUCUAGUCGUAGUAGUCAGAGCGGAAAAAUUCAAAACAAUCCAACAUGGCUUGUGUCGAAUACGAUUGUGCUGCUCCUCUUUGUCGUCUUUUAGAGGCUGUUCAUGCCAAUGAAGAUUCUAGCUCUUUUCAGAAAUCUUAUACGGGGUCUUCAGAGGUAUAACAGUCCUGAAAGUAACUGCAUGGCAUGCAAACGUCAGCAUUCAUCAUCAGUCAGUACGAGUGAAAGAAGUAACGGUUUUACGUGUUGUGUUCCUUGUUUUACCACAGUAAAAGAAUUCCAGAGCUUUCGUUUUAUAAUUUUCCAAAUACUAAAAUUGUGGAAUCAUAAGACAGGUCACAUACAUGAAGACCCGCGCAAGAGUUCUGACAAAAACUAGGGCCUUAAUUCAUUGCCUUGAACAGCCUCUAAAAGACGACACUAUACAGCACACUCACCGUGUGAGAAGAAAGACAUUUAUUGGAGAAUCAGGAAGAAAGUAUAUAUCCAGGAAAGCACUGAGAAUAACUGUAGCGAAAUGGGCUUGCUUUGUGUUGCUUUGUGACAAUUGGGAAGGCAGCGCCCAGGUGAUAACACAUCAAACUAACUCAUUUGUUCCCGUAAUUAACUAAAUGUGUUUUUUUUACUUUCUCUUUAUGCAGGUAAUUUGUCAAAAAUAUCUGCUGAUUUGAAAGACGAUGACGGAAUACGACAGGAACUAGUUGGUACGAACACUAUCAUUACCGAAUGUACAGAUAUUGAAAAAUUCUGCAAAGGUAACGAGAUUGUUAAUCGCAUAAAAUAUAAAUUAUACGGACGAAAAGUGACUGCCUUCAAGUCGUAUUUGUUCGUAUAGGUCCCUGAAUUUCACUUAAAUUACAUAAACCUUUGAUUGACCAACAAUAUAUGGAAUCGUGGGAAACAUCUCGCAUGUUUUGCCAAAAUUUGUCUAAAUUAAACAAAACAAAGCAUACAAUACGUGAUGUGAAAUUGUAGAUACACCAAGGACACCGCCAAGUACUGUAUAAAAUCAAAAGACGCCAUGUCGCUGCGAAUGCCAAAUUUGGAGUUAAUUUACCAGAAACUGCGUUUUUUUGCCAGUAUUCAGUAGGGAAAAGAAAAUUUAAUUAGCUAUCGAAAUCCACAAAUUAGUGUUAUUACUUUUUAGCACCGCGAUCAGACCAAACGAAUUUCCUGCCACUUUUUCGUUGGCCUGCAGCCCACGAACAAACCCCGAAAUACUGUAUUUUCGUUUCUUUUCGCAAAUCUGUAUGAUAUUCGUAUGGUACUGUAUGUCACUAGCUAAGGCAAUUAUCGUUUACUUUACACAAAAGUCAUGUAUAGUUAUAACGUAUAUGGGUAUUGUAAAUCUAAAAUUUUGUACACCUCUGUACAUUGCUUUAACUAGGUUAAUUUCUUGACGUGUGCAUGCAUAAUCAGGACGUCAUUGUACCUCUCAUUCCCGCUCCUGUUUCCUAUGUCCCUGCCAAAUAGUGGACAAAAAUAAGUGGUAACUGUAUAUGUAGUUUUGACGUUUUAUGAAUCCCUCUAUAUUAGGUUACCAAAAAAGUGGUAGGAAGAUUUUAGUCAAAUAUAACGGUGCAUCCUCUUUUCAUCAUUUUAGUGUCUUCCAAGAUGUUACCUUACGAGAUUUUGGCAAGAGGAGAAGACGGUGUGAAUGCGUUUAAAACUGCCGUUGCUAAGGGCACUGCUCGUGCUUCGAGGUUGAAAAUGAUUGUUGUUGGUGAAGUGGGCGCUGGAAAAACCAGUCUGACCCGGUCACUCUGUGGAGAACCUUUCACAGAUACUCGCGAGAAGACGCGUGGAAUUCGAACAGCGUCUACCAGUGAACCUAUUAUACAGACCACGAAACUAGAUGAGUCCUGGAAACACGCUGACCCUGAUGUGUCCCACUAUGAUGAACUGAUAGCAAGAAAUGUGUCCAUGGAAUUAAGACAAAAGUUACGAAGAGGUAACCUACCUGGCCUACCCUCCUCCGGUGAAUUCGACCUACCUCAAUUUUUGGAAGGACUAACUGGUACUGCUUAUCCGGGUUUGCGGACUCCAUCGCUGCCAAUCGCAGGCUCGCAAGAGCACAUGUCACACGUAGUAACCAAGCCGUGCGUCACUAUUGAUAAUAGUCCCCGCAAAUACCCUGCGACGCUCGUCGCAACGAAAUUAUCGUGCGCUGCUUCUGAACCUUCAAGCGUAAAGAAAAUUAUUUGGGAUUUUGCCGGACAUCAACUAUAUGAGCCAAUGCAUCAUGUAUUUAUGAACAGCACAAGUCUUUAUCUGGUAGUUUUUAACUUAUUAAAGAUGCGUAAUUCGCCGGAAAAAAGCUUGUGCGAGAUACACUAUUGGUUGAAUUCAAUCGCGAGUCACACCUCGUCUUCAACUCCCGUAAUCCUUGUGGGAACACAAAGCUCAG